UCCCGGAUAUUGGCGCGGAAUACAAAGAAGAGAAUGCGAGACGAGAAAACUCCAAGUCUAACAAAGGUGGAAAAUUCAUAUCCUGAAGGUCUCUCCUCUUCAAGAUGUAGAAUGUUGGCCGAGGGUAUUUUGUGUCUGUUUAACCGGCAAGUGUUCUAUAUCAAUUGCGACCGUCGGUUGUAUGUAACGGAGGCUAGACAGUCGGUAAUUUGCAACAUAAACAUUGGCUCCCUCACGGCCCUGGCGAAGCGAUAGAGAGCUCAUCAGGUCUUUCACGAUGACGAGCGUAGGGAUAAUCUACACACACCAGCCUUGAUGACGGGAUUAGAAUGCUUAGCAGGCCUCUGGACGCCAAUCAUUUAAUGCAUUUACUUCAGCGAGUUAAUUCCGUUCGCAUAACACAGACAUUGAACGCGAAGAGAGAGAGAGGAAAUCCGCGCGUCAAAAUGGGAGCUCUUGUUUCUAACGUGAGCUUCUUGUUGGGGAGCUUACUGGCGUUCUGUUGCUUGUGGGAUGCUCUGUCAGAGACUAGAGGAAUACCGGGGCCUGGGUUGAAUGUCUGCGUUAAGAAGAAAACAGAUACUCGAGUUUUUUACGAGUUUCGACCGUACAGUAAAGCUGUUUACAAGCCGUUCCUGCAUAGAUGCGCCUUCAAUCCAUUCAAGUUGUGCUCAAGUUACCGGACUUUGUUCCAGUUAGCGCACAAGAAAGUGAAAAAGACGGAGGUCUUGACUCGCACGUACUAUGAUUGUUGCGCGGGUUGGCUUAGGCACCUCGAUCACUCCCACUGCACAAUUCCAAUUUGUGAUCCACCAUGCUUAAAUGGUGGGAGAUGUAAGGCUCCGAACACGUGUGCCUGCCUACCAGGAUGGACUGGCAACGACUGCAGUCAACAAGCCGCUUGCGAAGAUUGCGGUGACCGCUGGAUCGCUGCCGUGGACGCGAGAUUACAAAUAUUAGAAAAGAAACUUAAAUUGCGUAAAGCUCUACCCACGAGGCGUCGACCUGACCAAGAGAAGGACCAUGCCCCCGGCGCACGAGCCGAGGCGUCCGUGGAGAGACUUAUAACAACACGCGCCGAGAGAGGCUCGUAGGGCGACGUCUGUUGUUACCUUUAGACAAAGAACCCGAUUGUCUCCUCACGUGUAGAUAAUUAGCUGCCUCGACUUGUUAGAAUACGAGUUUACUUGGGUAAAUUGACCAACAGUAUCAAGCUAGAAUAUGAGAUUAUGAGGGGUAAAAUUGAUCGUCUUUAAUAGCAUCAUGCUAACACACUGAAACCCGAAAUGUAGUAUACACGGCCUCGAAGUACAGAAUAAUUUUUUAUUAUUUGAUCUGAACUUCUCUAGUUGAUAGUUUUCAAAUUUUAAUUCGAAUUACAUUGUAUUUUAAUUGUAUUUUUAUUUUAAUUUUAAUUCUUAAAAGACGAUACUUGAUAAUUUUGCUGCUAGAGCCCUGCAGGCUCUCACGCCGCUAAAGCAAGAGUCCACUAUCUUGCUAAGAUCAUAAGCGCUAAACGGAAAGCCUAGCGUUUAUAUCUGUUGACAUAACGCUAAUAAAAGCUAGUUUUGGUUUUCACACUAUCCAUGUAUGCACAGCAAACCAAGGCAUUCCACGAGAUCCAGAAAGCAUAUCUUUUGACUGAAAUCAGGUUUAAUAAAAGAAUGACUCAACGGUAAAACUGUUUGUCGGAAUUGUAUUAUUUUCUUUUUCCAGUUGUACAAUUAGAUUGUUAAUUCACACCUCAACGGAGUGUUGGUAUAAUGCUAUUGUCACAUGCUAUUGUACAUUUCUUAGUUAUAUUAUCCAUUAAUAUUCGUUGCCCUUUGAGCGUACUCGUUUUCCGUUUAUACUUUAACGUACAAAAUUGUUUGAUUACUUAUUAUCGGAUCAUUUUCUAAAGAAAUCCAGGCGCCGUUAAAAUAUAGUAUCCGUAGCUAAUUUCAAACGACUCGGUGCUAUUUCCCCUUUUCCUUAUCUUAUGCUAUUCAGAGCGGUAUCGUUGGAUCAUCAUUGGACAAAUAUUGACUCUUCUCGGACUAAGACACUCGUAGGCUUGACUCUAGACAUAACUGGCUUUGGAAGGUUCUCGUUAUUGUAAAUUACAGCCAAUGGCUCAAAGGGAUCAAAACUGGGAUUGUCAUUGUGCUAGAGCCAAAUUUAUCAGGGUGUGGACGGCUGAAAAGUUGUAAAUAACAUUGUUAAGACAUUGAAAUUGGAUCCUUGGUUUAUAAGAGAAUGUAACUAUGCUUAAUCUUCCAUUAAAAGAUUGAAACAUUUGUAGCUCUAAUUCUUCCUGCCUCUGUUGUGUAAACAAAUCGUGAAAAAAACCCUGUUGAGUUGUCUUCUUUCAGGUCAGUUUCAUAAUGUCUCGGGGCGAGAAGGAAAUUUGAAAAAUAAAACCCUAAAUCUUUGGAUUUCCUCAAUUAGAUAAAUACUCAUAGCUCGGAGUGUACACCAAGUUCAAAACAAUAGACAAAGCUUAUUCCGAGGGUCAAUUUCUCUGUAUUUGCCAGAAAUAUCGGCCUUAUCGGGCUCACAUGAACACAAAUAAUAUCGAUCACUUUCAACUAUAGCGUGUGCCCAAUCAAUGCUACAUCUACUGGUCAAAUAUACAUCAAGUAGAUUUGUGCACAUCUGACAAAAAUCCUUUUACGAAUAAAUUUUGCGUUUUUUUUUUUAGCUUAUCUCUAGUUUCCUUUUUUCUGUUCGCUGGGCUUUUUAUCAAUGGAUAAAAGUCUUGCUUUGUUAAAUCUUAAAAUAGCAGAUAUUCGAAAAACGAAUUUGUACCUUUCACACACUUUUGAGAUUGUUUUACUUUGCCUUUUGGAGUCCCUAUUCAUGCAAAAUGAUUGCAUUGUAAUAGAAUUCAAAUUUCCAACAGUUUUUAUACUUGUUUAUUUUAUACCCUUUUUUCUCACUUAUGUUUCGCCACAAUUGAACCGCAAAUUAUAGUUUCAUUUAUUUUAUGCAACGUACGUUUGGUGAAUGCCUAGUUAGGAAAGUGCUAAGUAAGUAACUGCCCCUUGCCGUUAUUUCAUUAUCUCUUGGUCUUUUGCUUUCCGCUUUUCAUCUACGGUGGCAACCCCACGCACUCGAGGUGUCUAUAGCAGAUUUACGUUUUAAUUUACCAAAAAAGGACAAUCGAACGGUGCUAACUAGCUCAUAAUAGGCCAUAGAUUUCGUUAAGCUCCCAUAGAUUUGACUUUAAUUUCCAUGGUUUUGUUGUCCAAAUUUUCCAUUCAAUUGCUGAUUGCUGACUUUUUUCGAGAUAUUUUUUUGAUGUUUGAAUUAGUUCUAGUCCGAAAAUUCUUUUAUGAGCGAGUAGAGUUGUAAUAACGUAAACACCUUAAUCAGAAAUCCAUGCGUUCAAUAAUUGCAAAUGUUGGCAACUAUUCUCAUUUUGACCUUGCAAAUUUUGUCUCUAUCUUUGCUUUGAUACAAAUCCUACCCCUGAAUCAGAAAAUAAUAAAAAAGUAUAGAAUAUUACUUUGAUUUCUUUCACACGGUUCGACAUUUCAUUCCUUAUUACUUCCAUUUCUUUUAUAUUAUUUCAAAUUGUAAUACUUAUAUCAGAACAGUGUCUAGAAAUAGGUACAACGAUACCAAGGCCUAUAUAUUCAUACUAAAUUUGUGGCCUUUCGAGACAAAUUUUAACAAUCUUAUUUGUUUAGUAUUUCCACUUCUACAAAUCUUGUUGUGCUAUUUUUCAAACAAGUUCAGAAACCCCAGUAAACAAACUUCGAACGAAUGACACAAAUGAUCAUUCCCUAUAAAAACCCUAUUUCCUUUCGAUUCUUAACUCUAGAAGGCGACUAUUUCCUGCAUAGAUCCUGGAUUAUCGCUCAGUGCCUUUUAUCCACUAAAACGUAGUUCAUUCAAACUAUAGCAUUCUGCGGCCUUCGCCCGCUGGCAAUAUUUGCGCGGGAGUUUUCGGCGGGAAAAUGUUGAGACGUCGCGCGUCUGGUUAUCUUUGGAGCUUCUCAAAGUCAACUACAAUAAAACAAAAAUAGAAUAACAAUUUAACAUUUACCGGUUUAAAUGUCACCAGCUAUGUUAUGGUGUACCGUUUACGUGUACUUUGGUAUUUAGAUUCUAGCAAAAUCUGUUUAUAGCGGUGAAGGUGUUUCUAUAUGAAAUGUCUGACUGUGGCUAAAAUCAAUAUUAAGUUUUGCAUGGUUUUGUCUUUAACAUUAGAAUCUAUUGAAAGAACAGUUCAUAGUAUUUUUGUUUAUUCAUUUAUUCCAUAUUAUAUAUUUAUUUUCUGUACUGUGGGACGAGUUCAUUUGGUAUUACAUUAUUAUUUAGCAAAAUGUGUUCAUGUAGUUUUGUCUUGAUAAAGUGAAACAUGAUAAGAAGUCUUUCAAAUCUAUUCUUCACAAUUAUAGAAAUAUCGUAAAACGAAAUUAGACAAACGCAGGUCUAUCUAUAUUUCUAGCCGCUGUCGUAGUAAUUAAUCACGUUUUCUCUGUUUGCUGCUCCGAAGGGCAAGAUAGCCUUAUCUUGAGUCUUCCACCAGGAGGUGUUUCGAACGGCAUCACUUGAUCUUCCCAUCUUUUACGAUAACUUUAUUCUUGGGUGACAGAACAUCGCCACGUUAAUCACUGCAAUUCAAUGUUUAAAUGAUUUACUCGACUAGCAAGGGCAAAAGCGAUUGUGUGCUCUAGGGAAUAGAAUUAUUGUUUGUUUCGAAAGAUUUUACAACAGGCAGUAUUCAGGGUAUUGCGCAAGAGCGAAUGUUCUGUAUAAUAUUUGUAGAAAUUCACAACAAUUUUCAAAUCAUUUCUUCAUUUUUUACUGUGAGAAUAUUGUGAAAACUACUUUUUUUCUUAAACACAAAAUCGCCGAAUUUUUUAAUGGUAUAUGGUUGAAUGGUAUUUUCUUUUCUUGACUCCUUUAUUAAACUACCAUCUUGUCAGAAAAAAAAAACAAAUUUGUAAAUAACCCAGCUUUGUUUAUAUAUUUAUGUACAUUUCAUUCAAAAGCACAUUGCUUCACGGCUGGGUAAGAUACCGAAAAGGCUGAAAAUGGCUUUUAUUAUUCCUUAAAAACGAAUAAUAUCAAAUACCCCUGUCUGGUACGACCUUGCAUUUUUAUAUUGCUUUAGGUUUCCUAAAAUUUUCUAAAGCAGCUAAUAACCCUUUCCACCCUUUCGAGUUAAGUACAAAGCAAACAAGAAGAGGUGCUCAGUGUUUUAAAACUCUUGCAUUAUUGGACCAGUAUAUUACUAUUCAAAGACAGUUCAGUCUUGACAAACGAACAUUGUUCAUUGUAACUUUCCGGAACCUACAAAUAUCGAAUGGCGAUCCAUGAAAGCUCUACCCGUUUCUAUAUUUAUUUUCGGCUUCUUUUUAACCUGGAAAGUUUUUUUUUUCUAUUCGUGUUAACGUAAGGCAUAUUUUUGUUAUGUUUUGCCUGCUAAUCGAGUGCCGUGAAGGUCCUGCAAGGGUUCUUGGGCGUUCAAUUGAAAGUCAAUGGUACUGGUAUAACUCUUUGAUUGCCUUCAUAUACAACUAAUAGAAAACAAUACGGAGAGAACUGAAUAAUAUAUUUAUGGUUUACUUUAAGCAACUUAGAUGGUCUUAAUAAAUUAAAGUGAAUUCGUGUAAAAUUGAAUCUACGGAAUUAUGUUUAUACGACCUUGCCCUUAUGCCAUGAGCCACCGUGGCUUAGUGCGAUCCCACCAAUAACUAACUCCU